GCCAGGGCACACUGAACAUCUGUUCCGCGGAGAAUGGCUGCGAUUUCGCGUCGGUAAAAAUAGCAAAUACUCGUUGAUGUGCUGCGGGAAGGCCUCCUCCCCGGCCCCACAGAGGCCCCGAAAGAAGUGAGCAAAUGUGCGUGCCGCAAGAUAGUAGCCGUCGAACGAACGAUAGUGACGAAAGCACGUAAAUUCAAGUACCAGCCGCCCCGCAAUUACGAUGAGUGUCUCGCGCGGCAGCGGGAACACAACACUGGACCUGCAGCCGCUCCUGGCGGACGGCGAUGAUGACAGGGAGAAGGAGGAGAAGAUCGGCGGUUCGGGGGGAGCAUCGCUACUAAAUGGAUCCGGCUCCAAGGAGCUCAGUCACCGGGAGCGCGAGGAGUCUGCAGUGUUCGUCAAGAAGAUCGGCAGCGCCUUGUUCUACGGCCUGUCCUCCUUCAUGAUCACGGUGGUGAACAAGACGGUGCUGACCUCUUACCACUUCCCCUCGUUCCUGUUCCUCAGCCUGGGCCAACUGACGGCCAGCAUUGUGGUCCUGGGCGUGGGAAAGCGCCUGAAACUGGUCUCCUUUCCGCCCCUGCAAAGGAACACAUUCGCCAAGAUAUUCCCACUGCCACUGAUUUUUCUGGGCAACAUGAUGUUCGGCCUGGGCGGCACCAAAACCCUGAGUCUGCCCAUGUUUGCGGCUCUGCGGCGCUUCUCCAUCCUGAUGACCAUGCUGCUGGAGCUGAAGAUCCUGGGACUGAGACCUUCGAAUGCGGUCCAGGUCAGCGUGUACGCCAUGAUCGGUGGAGCCCUGCUGGCCGCCUCCGAUGAUCUGUCCUUCAACAUGCGGGGCUACAUCUAUGUGAUGAUCACCAACGCCUUGACCGCCUCGAAUGGAGUGUAUGUAAAGAAAAAACUGGACACCUCGGAGAUCGGGAAGUACGGCCUGAUGUACUACAACUCGCUGUUCAUGUUCCUGCCCGCCCUGGCCCUCAACUAUGCCACUGGGGAUCUGGAGCAGGCGCUGAACUUUGGCCAGUGGAACGACUCAGUGUUUGUGCUGCAGUUCCUGCUCAGUUGCGUGAUGGGAUUCAUCCUGUCCUACAGCACCAUCCUGUGCACGCAGUUCAACUCGGCACUGACCACCACCAUUGUGGGAUGCCUGAAGAACAUCUGCGUAACCUACCUGGGCAUGUUCAUUGGCGGCGACUACGUCUUCUCGUGGCUCAACUGCAUAGGGAUCAACAUCAGCGUGCUGGCUAGUCUGCUGUACACGUACGUCACUUUUCGGCGGAAACGGGCGCCCGAUAAGCAGGCCCACUUGCCCACCACCCGCGGCGAGAAUGUCUAGCUUCGUCUUAGCUCAAACUCAAGCCAAAGCCAUACGAUAUGUUUAGCGUAUUCCGUACUUCGUUCUGCGAUCUGCGACUUCGUAUUCGAUUUUCCUAUAGCCACACAGCGCAUCGUCUCUGUACAUAUAUCUAGCUAUGUAUCUAAAAGAGUGUAAUUUAGCAAUUAUGUAAUUUUAAUCACUUUGUACAUUUGUCCGCAUGCAACUGUUUCCUGCAUCGAAAGUGUCAUAAGUUAUAGAAAUACACAGACAUCCAGCUCCUCCGCCGCACUGGGUGUGCCAGAUAA